GGGAAUGUGGACUAAGUUCCCCGCAUGAGAGCGAGUAGGAGGAGGAGGAGGAGGAGGAUGAGAGCAAGUGGAGCAGGACUCAUUUAGAUUCACUCCCAGCACAGGAUACACAUUUAUACUGGGGCACUUGGAAUCCCGUCAUUGCCCAUCAUUUUUUUUAACGUUUCGCGUUUUGUAUUUUUCCCUUGUGCUUUUAUGACCUGCAUCCUGUAUAGUACAUCCCAGGGUGUAGCCCUCGCCACUGACACUCAGUACUGAUCCUGGGCACAAUCGCACGGACAUGCUACUAGACGCUGGUCCCCAGUUCCCGGCCCUGGGUGUGGGCACAUUUGCCCGACAUCACCACCAUCAUCAUCAUCACCAUGCAGCGGUAGCGGCGGCGGCAGCAGCAGCCGCAGAGAUGCAGGAGAGGGAGCUGAGUCUGGCGCAGAACAGCUUCGUGGAACCUACUCACAUGGGCGCAUUUAAGAUGAAUCCCGGUGGCGGCUCCGGGGGAGGGAGCGGCGGUGGAGGAGGAGCCGGUCCAAAUGGGGGAGCCGGGGCCAGUGGACCCCACGAUUUGUCUCCCCCAGGGCAAACCUCUGCUUUCACCUCACAGGCCGGCUACCCCGCCUCCGCCCUGGCACCACAUUCAGCCUACACCGGAGCCGCUGCCUUCAACAGCCCUCGGGACUUUUUAUUUCGCGGACGCGGUUUCACAGAGGGAUCAGCAGCUGCAGGCGGGGGGCAGCACGGCUUGUUUGGGCCCCCAGCGGGAAGUCUCCACCACCACCCGCACCACCACCACCAGCUGUCUCACGGGGAGCACCCGCAAGGUCAUCUACUUUUCCCCGGGAUACACGAUCAACAUGCGGCUGCCUCCCAGAACACAUUGGGUGGCCAGAUGCGCCUUGGUUUGCCCGGAGAGGUUUUCGGUAGGACUGAUCAAUACCGCCAGGUAUCCAGCCCCAGGGGGGACCCAUACACAGCCGCCCAGCUGCACAACCAGUAUUCCCCUAUGAACAUGGGCAUGAACAUGGCAGCCCACCAUCAUCAUCACCACCACCACCCGGGGGCCUUCUUCAGGUACAUGAGGCAGCAGUGCAUCAAGCAGGAGCUCAUCUGUAAGUGGAUCGACCCAGAACAACUUAACAACCCCAAGAAAAGCUGCAACAAAACCUUCAGCACAAUGCACGAACUCGUUACCCAUAUGUCUGUGGAGCAUGUCGGGGGGCCCGAGCAGAGCAACCAUAUCUGCUUCUGGGAGGAGUGUGCGAGGGAGGGCAAGCCGUUCAAAGCCAAAUACAAACUGGUGAAUCACAUCAGAGUGCACACUGGCGAGAAGCCCUUCCCCUGCCCCUUCCCUGGAUGCGGCAAAGUCUUUGCACGAUCGGAAAAUCUUAAAAUCCACAAGAGGACUCACACAGGAGAGAAGCCCUUUCAGUGUGAAUUUGAAGGCUGCGACAGGCGAUUUGCUAACAGCAGCGACAGGAAAAAGCACAUGCACGUGCACACCUCGGACAAGCCCUAUCUGUGUAAGAUGUGCGACAAAUCGUACACUCAUCCCAGCUCUCUCAGAAAACACAUGAAGGUGCAUGAAUCUUCUCCUCAAGGUUCAGAGUCCUCUCCGGCUGCAAGUUCUGGAUAUGAAUCCUCCACCCCACCAGGUCUGGUCUCUCCAAAUUCUGAAACGCAGAACCCCAACCUGUCCCCAGCGGCAGUGUCUGCAGUACACAGUGUAUCCAGUGGGGCUAGCGGAACCCUCGCCUCAAACUUCAAUGAAUGGUACGUGUAAGGGACACGCUUCUACUUCCCUGGGACAACUGUGCGGUCACUAGAGACUUUUUGUGGCCACAGCUUCACCAGCGCUAAAGCCAGAAUCUCCUGGGAUCUAGUGUACACACACCAGCAAGGAUUACAUCCGAACCAUUCAGUGUACAAUGAUCUAUCCGCAUGGAGAGAGUAAAUCACCCAACCGAAAGUAUUUAUUUCCCCUCCCCAAAAGAAAAGAACCUGUUAUUACUCCUCAGACCUGCCUAAUGGUGUGAAUACAGAGUUGACGCAUUUUGCAGAUUAAAAAAACAAAAGGGACGUGUUGAUGGAUGCCUCCCUUGGUGUAUAUACAUUUUUUUUGGUUUUUAGAUUGUUUUACAUAAUAUAUGAUGGACGUACCCUUGAUUCAUCCGUUUAAUAUGAAGCUUUAUUUAAUUUACUCUUAUUAGAAGAAUCCGGACUGUCAUUUUCAUGCCCUGGAAUGGGGAGGGGGACACAACAAGUGCCAAAGUCUCCAGAUGUUUCUUACUAAAAGGCAGGCAUUUCUACAAAAGGCUUGUGAAUGUACUUUUCUGUUAAAUGGGCUUUAUGUGACGUUUUCUGUGCUUUUGCAAAGUUGAAUUUGUUCGUUACCGUUUGGAAAAGCGCCGAGGCAAAAAAAAAAAAAGUAGCCGUUGUGCAAUCACCCUAUAGCAGCCUUCCUUGUGUAAAUAAUCGCUUCCAUAUUUAUCCAUUUGUAAUUAAAUUAUGGAAUUAACUUGCAACAGAGGAAACACUAUUUAUAAAGAUUGUUUCUUGACUAUAAAUAUGUACAUUUGUGAGCAUAAAUGCUUUCAGAUUUUUUUUCUCUCUUAUUUUAUGUGGUCUCUUCAUUUUUUGUGACAUGUUUUUAAAAGUAAUGCAUACAGACCUCCAAUAAAAUGUGUUGAAACUGCAACAUCAAACACC